AACACUAGCACAAUGGGCUCUCUCUAUCGGCUUGUGGCGCUUGCCUUGUUAGGUUGUUUGUGUAAUGGCCAAGCUUUCCAGAUGGGCCCUUUUCCCCAGCUGUCAAGCCAGGAGUCUUUGCUACAGCCAAUCCGACAAGCUGCCCAGGAACAGUCUUCUUUGGUAGCAAGUGAUGUUCCUCAAAGGUACCCUUCUCUCCAGCUACCCCAAGGAGUGUCUUCUCAGCAGUUUUCCUCAAUGAGGCCAGUGCAGUUUGUUCCCUUAGUGCAGCACUCUAACCUUGUUCCACCAGUUGAGCCAGUGUUUGAGCUGCCUUACAGCCAGCCUUUGGCCCAGGUUGAAUCGGUAGGGCCAGUGUUGCCAGCUCACUAUGGAGAGGCGUCUGGCCAGGUUCCUGCAGUGCUCCCGGUUCACCGAGGGCAGCCCUCUGCACCAGUUUCCCUGGUGCAACCAGUAGCCCAGGCUCCACCUUCUGUGAAAUCCCAGUGGCUUGCUGCUCCCUCUGGUGUGAAGGUUGAAUGCAGGGAAGACUCAGUUGUGGUGGAGGUACAGCAGGACAUGCUGAGUAAUGGCCAGCUCAUCCAGCCAUCAGAAAUCACCCUGGGAGGUUGUGUGCCAGUUGGACAGGAUCCUUCCACAGGGGUUCUGCUGUUCGUAUCGGCGCUACAUGGCUGUGGAAGUACGCUGAUGACGAUGACCGAUUCCCUGAUCUACGCUUUCACGUUGGUGUACGUGCCCGAGGGACUCGGUUCCACCCCUAUUGUGCGGUCUCGUGGUGCAGUGAUUAAUAUUGAGUGUCACUACUUGAGGAGGAUCAAUGUGAGCAGCAAUGCUGUGAUGCCAACAUGGGUACCCUUCUCUGCUGCUCUGUCUGCUGAGGAGCGUUUGGUGUUCUCGCUCCAGCUCAUGACGGACAACUGGGAACUGGAGAGGGCUUCAAACAUCUACUUUCUGGGAGACGUCCUGAACAUUGAAGCUUCUGUAGUUGUGGCCAACCAUCAGCCUUUACGGGUGUUUGUGGACAGCUGUGUUGCCACCUUGGAUCCUGAUGUGACAUCAUUCCCCAGAUAUGCCUUUGUGGGGAACUAUGGAUGCCUGACUGAUGCCAAGGUGACUGCGUCCCGCUCGCAGUUCCUCCCCAGGAAGCAGGUCAACAAACUCCAAAUGCAACUGGAUGCCUUCAGGUUCUUGCAGGAGACCAGGAGCUCUAUCUACAUCACAUGCAUUCUGAAAGCAACCAUGGCUUCCAAAAGACCUGAUCCCCAGCACAAGGCUUGCUCCUAUUCUGUGUUGGCAAAUAGGUGGGAAUCUGCAGAUGGCGAUGACCAAGUAUGUGGCUGUUGUGACACAACCUGUAACGUGAAGGGAAGAAGUGUGGCGGAUUUCCAAGGCAAAGCUGUUGCUGGACCCAUUAUCGUUCAGGAUCGCUAUUAGCCAGGCCAUUUGGAUACCUGCUUCUGGGGGGAAUCUGCACCGUGGCAACACUUGUAGUUGCAGCAGCUGUGCAGUGUACAGCUCAAAGGAUCUCUCUUCGCGGCCUGAAGUGAAGGCCCAUGCAGUUGUGUGUAGUUCUGAAACUUUGUCCUUGAUUCUUGAACUGACAAUUCAGAAUAAACCUUCUUAACAAAACUUUA